ACCCAACGUCAUAUUUUCCUCAAAAAACUACUCCGUCAAUUUGGGAAUUAGGGCUUUUCAACAAAUUUGCAAUUCAAUUCUUGAAUUGUAUGUGGUAAAUAAAAUCGAGAGAAAAAACAAGGAAAGUAGAAAACCAUGAUUGAAGUGGUAUUGAACGACAGGUUGGGGAAGAAAGUACGAGUGAAGUGCAACGAAGAUGACACCAUUGGCGACCUCAAGAAGCUUGUAGCAGCUCAAACUGGUACUCGCUCCGAAAAGAUCAGAAUUCAGAAGUGGUAUACAAUCUACAAAGAUCAUAUCACUUUGAAGGAUUACGAAAUUCAUGAUGGCAUGGGUCUUGAACUCUACUAUAAUUGACAUCUAUCUUUCUGGUCAUCCUCGUUUCUUCUUUUUUUGUUUGGAUGUGAAAUUUCAUGUUAAUUUCUGUGUUUUUCCUUUUCAUUGAUAGUUUUUUUUGUUGCUGGAACACAUGUUGGAUUUCUUUGUUGUUGAUUAAUGAACAAUUCCUCUGUCAAUUAAUGAAGGAUG